AUGGCAGCCAAUGUGUUUAUCGGAUACAAAGGUGCUGUUAAGGUUUACACUGUUACUGCCGACACUGUAUCAGUGUACUCUGUCAUUGUUUCUAGCCCUCCCAUCUCUCACCCUCCCUUAGAUGUAGUUCCUCCCGUUGCUAGUGGAUCACAGCUAACAAUCACAUUCCCAGCACUGCCUGGUUACUUAAAGUCAGACCCUAUAGAUGCUACUCUAAUCAUUUUCAAUGCCGCUGGCGAGGAAACAACAAUUGCAUUUAAAUAUUAUGCACCAAAGGUUACAAGAAUAUUACCUGAUAGUGGAUUCAAAAGUGGAGGUACUAUCAUAACGAUCACAGGAUUUAAUCUCUACUUUGCAGGACUACUCACAACUAUUACUCUUGGUGGUGUUCCAUGUACCGUCGUUAAUGUUCCUACUGCUGCAUCAAUUCAAUGUACUACACCUUCUUUAAUUGGUUCUCCUUCAGAUUUGGUCAAAUUACACUUGGAGGUUGAUGGUAAUGCUGACACUGCAGCUCCUGAAUUUCUAAAUUAUGAUUUAAUUGAACCUCAAAUAGAAGAUUUUGAACCAAAAUUUGGAAAGGCUAUAGGAGGUGAAUUGUUGAUGAUUACACUCAAUGAUAAUCCUGAUCCCCUUCCACUACUUCCAACAUCUAUUAUGAUUGGUACUGCUCAAUGUACUAGUAUAAAUAGACCCUCUUCAUUGGUACUCACUUGUCUUACACCCACCAUUUCAGAUGUAUCCCAACGAUCUCUCAAAAUCACAAUCAAUCUAAACUCAUUUGUAAUUACAUCUACAUCAACUUUUAAUUAUCUUUAUCCAACAAUCACAUCAAUUCAACCUGAAAGUGGAUGGGCAGGAGGAGGAAAAGAUAUUAUAUUUAGUGGUGAUAAUUUAUUUGCAGCAACCUCUAUCAUUGCCAAUAUUGGAGAUGAACUAUGUACUGGAUGUACUGUCAUCACUGAUAAUACUGUCGUUCCAGUAUCUUACAAGAUUAAGUGUACUACUCCCGUUCGUAUUGCUCCAUACAAUCUUGUAUUAUCAAAGAUUGUAACACUCAAACUCAACAAUCUUGAAGUAUUAUACCCUCCAACUCCUUUCAAGUAUACUUUUAUUCAACACAACAUUAAAAAGAUCAUACCAGAAAGAGGACAACCCGGUAGUACAAUAACAAUAACAGGAAACAAUAUUAAAGAUGGAGUUGUUCAAAUUAAUGAUUUAAUUUGUCCAACCAUUGCUUAUGUUGUUUUAGAGCACACUGAGGAGAUUACAUGUAGGGUUCCAACACUAUUUGUAAAUGAUGUUGAUGUCAAUGUUGUUAUCUUUGUUGAUAAUAACCCUUCAAUUCUUUCAUUACCUUUUGGUGUAACAACUCUUCCUAAAUUCAGAUAUUAUAAACCAAUCAUUUCAAAUACAGAACCGAUACUAUCAUACACCAAAGGAACAUUUGUUGUGACUAUUCAAGGACAAGCUUUCUAUGAUAUCACUCAAAUCAAAUAUGGUGACAAUGUACUUGACUCAACCAAAUUCAAUGUGAUCGAAUACAACAAAAUCUAUCUUCAUGUGUUUAAUGACCUUCCAACAAUAGCUCAUCUUCCAAUAACCCUCACUACAACAUUUGGUGAUUAUUCAAAAGAUGGUUUUGGUGUUCAAUUUGUUGAACCUUCUAUUAUGACAAUGGAUACAAUAAGAGGAAUAGCAUCAGGAGGAACAAUAGUCAAUAUUCAGUUGGAUGGAGUUGUUGAAGGAAGUUCAUUUGAAAUUAAAAUUGGUGAUAGAUUAUGUCAACCAACUAUGGUUGUACCUGCACCUGCAUUUGGAUCGGUUCAAUGUAUCAUUCCACCUUCAAAGUUUGAAGAACCUGAACUCGGUGGAACAGUCAGUGAAGAUAUUUCUAUUAUUGUCGGUUUAUUGGGUUCAACAUUGCCAUUAACCUCAUCACCAUCUUCACAAACCUACACCACCACUUUAAAAUACACCUAUGAAGGACCAUCGAUUAAUAACAUCACACCUGCCAAGCUAUCAAUGAGUGGUGGCCGAGUUACCAUUGAUGGUACCAAUCUUGAUAAUCCCACCAAAGUUACAAUCGGCACUGACAAUUGUAUGAUCAGUACCACACCGACUCCACCAACUCCAACACAAAUCAUUUGUACUCUACCACCAACUUUACAAUCAGGUUUAUUAAAUACCAAUGUUAUGCUUUCAUCUGGUCUUUUAGCAAAUAAGAUAAAAAUUACAAUCGAUGCAACUUUACCAACCAUAUUGAGUAUUUCACCAAAACAAGGACAAAAAUCAGUAAAUACAAACUUGGAUGGUAGUUUUAUGUUUAUAACCAUUAAUGGUAUCAAUCUUGGCACAACAACGGCAACAACAUCAGUUACAGUUGGUUUAGAAUCAUGUGCAAUUGGAGUAGCUGGUACAAUUGUUACAGCAAACCAAAUUAUAUGUUUGAAACCAAUCAGUACUGUUUCAGGGCCAGCCGAGGUUGUUGUUAAAGUGAACGGUAUCGAUUCGAUUGAUGAGGUGUACUAUAGACAGAAUGGUUUGUCUUGCUUUGGACAACCAGAGGCAGAUGGAUCAAACUCACCAGUCGACUGGUUCCUCAUCAAGAAAUUCCCACAUACUGGAACUACCGGUUUCGACGUGAACAGAGCAUACAUGUACACUGAUUCAUCGGUCAAAGACAAAACAAUGGAAUUCAAAACCGACUUUGAAUCUGCUGAUAGCCCAUUAUCAAUGACCUAUACCCAAUGGAUGCAUGAUACACAAUACGGUUACAUGUUUUUUAAUGAUCAAGUCAAAGGUGCACAAAAAGAUGCUGGACAUGUUAAAGGAAUGCUAUUUUGGGAGUUUUCUCCAGAUGGUAGUACCUUGGAAUCGGGUGUGCACAUAAUGCAUUCACAACCACACUUUCCUGUUAAUAUGCACAUCCCUCGAGAUAAGGGUACAGGUGCUGCAGCACACCAUACCUAUGCUACACCGAACCGACUAUACAAAUCUAAAAAAUAUGGUAGUUUGUGGGCAGGUAAAAGCAAUAAUUUAGGACAACAUUUCUUUUGUUACAAUCUCGAUGCUGCAGGUGUUGACAGAGUUGCCGAAUACUUUAUUAAAACCAAUGCAUGGGCUCUUCCGAGACCAAGAUUAUCAAGUGUUCCAAACCCCUCUCCGAUCUACAAUGGAGCAUAUCUCACAACCACCACAUGGCUCCAUGAAUUAAAUACGAUGACAAUUCCUGGUCCAGGUAGAAAGGCAAAUUAUGGUCAAUAUAAAAUGAAUGAAUUUGUAGAACUUUGUGAAGAUAAUAUCAAUCAAAUUAAUUUAGGUGAUAUUUGUUAUUGGACAAUUAAUGCUGUAGUUCCUGGGUUUGGUAAAGCCAAAUACUUUGAAAAGACAACUAUAUUCACAGGACCCUCGUCUGUUGCCGUGACAUUUGGUAUUCCAGUCGACCCAGCACUUGUUCCCCCAUUUGUUGGUGGACCAGGAGAAGCGAGAUUGAUUGUUGCUCCUCGACCAAAACCAAAAGCUGUUGUGGCUAGCACUGUUCCAGAAAAGAUUACGCAAGAUGGUAUCGAUAUCUGGGAGGUAAUGGUCAAUUACUACAAAAGAAGUUUCUUUGUAUCAACCUAUCUUAUUGGACAGAAACCUCUUUUCCCAGUCCCCGGUAUUUAUAAUGUUCAUGUAACUCAAAUUCCUUUACCAGAUGGUUCAUUGGGAAAGAAUGGAUAUGCAUACUUUAACAGCACUGAUCAUUCCAAGCUUGCAUUCAACUUGGAACCAAAGAUUGGAGCAGGUGCAUAUGACGAUGGUGAGAAUAUGAUGUGUUUUGGUGAUACUAAUCGUCACUCGAAGCAACCAAAAAGAGGUGGUGGCGUCCUAUGUAUUCAAUCACCUGAACUCGUUUAUCAAUUCAACCGUUUUGUUUCUGGUUAUGGAUCAGUUUUAAAAUUCAAGGUAUUUUCUGAGAGUUCACCAAGAGAUAUUAAUCUUCCUGCACCUGCAGGUAUAACGACCAUACCAUUAACAUUUAAUCCAGCGAAUGUGUUUAACCUUGUCAAUCGUAACCCAAUCAACUCGAUUGCACCUACUGUCACAAGAUUCGCACCAGGUGAUAAUGUUUUCGGUACAGGUGUUAUAGUUCCAGUCCCCACCGUUGCACCAGCUACGGCAACAAACGUUCAGUUAUCGAAUUCCUUAAAGUAUUUUGUUUUAUAUAAUGGAAAUCUACCAGUUAUGAACCCAACAAAUCCUGCUAAAUAUUUGUUUGUCGAUGCCUCUUAUGUUGUUCCAGUCGGCCAUAAAGCUUUAACUGCUGUGGCUUACACUAUCACCGUUCAUCAGACCAUUAGAAUGGAAAGAAUACCAACUUUGGGAUACGCUGGUGAGUUGAUAUUCGAUCUAUAUGAUUAUGCAGUAGAUUUCACUAUCCCCGCUGCACCUGUCAACGUCUAUACUCCCAAGACACCCAAUCUACUCGUCUCAACCACCAAUGUACCUAUUGAUAGACUAUUACCACCAAUCAAAGUUAUGCGUACCGAUCUUACUCAUGUUGGAACCGAAUAUGAAUUGGUGUAUCCAGACGCUCACUUUAAAUCAAUCAAAGGAAUCAAAGCACACGAUGCAUUUGCACCUCUAUUUGUUGCAUACAGUCAAGGUGUAGCUGGCAUUUGUUUGAUUGGUGAUAUCGAUCCUAUUUACGGUUGUACAUUGGAAAAGGCAAUUAGAUCAAGGGCACCUACUGUCACUGAACUACUUGUAUCACCUGUAUCGCCACCACCAGGGCCACUCAUUGUACCUUCACUCUAUGGGUUCCCUGGGAAAGACCAAGUAGUGGAUUCAACAAGAAGAUUCCAAUUCAGUGGUACCGACAAUACAUUCAAGAUUCUAAAGUUUGUCAGUCAAUUCCAAGAAGAGCUUGGUCAAAUACCACCUCUAAUCGGUGGAUUGGCUGCGUCAUCACUUGAUGGGUUUGACAUUGCCAUUGACACUACUAUUGCUCAAUCAACAGUAACAGUCGAUGGUACAACUAUCAUUUUGAAAUCUGAUCAACUUUGUGCUGAUGAAUUAUCGUAUCUCCUUUUACUCACCGUCGUUGCAAGAGAAUCAAACAUCAAGGGUCAUGCCAGUCCAUUAGCUUAUGGAACUAGUCCACUCAACUGGUCAAAUGGUAUCCUUAUUGCCAUUUCAAAAUUAAUUUCAAAUAAAAUUGAAGUUCCUUUUGCAACACCUAGUUUAAUUGGUGGAUGUUUUACUGCAGUCGGUGCUAUUGAUUUGGUUACAUUUGCUGAUAAUGUCAAUAUUGGAUCAUUCAAAAAUACUGCUGCUGCCACUUGGAUACUAAGUUCCUCUCCCGAUUGGUUACCAGAUUCCAUGUUUAAAUUAUUAUUUAAAGUCAAGACAACCGAUCAUAUUCAAUCAUUGAGUGAUCUCUAUAAUAUGAGGGGACUGCCACCACCAUAUCCAACAGUAUUUUACGACAAAUACAUUAUUAUUCGUCCAUUUAGCGCAAAGAUGGAUGUCGACGAUGAUGAACCUGCUGCUCGUCAUAUGAUGUCAUUAUUCACAAUACCAACAACAACAACAUCAGAUGUUGAAACCAACCAAAAUAUAGUAUCACCACUCCAACAACUAUUCAACUUUAUUGACCAAGCUGCAUUUACACCAGAUGAAUUAUUACAACUUGACAAUCAACAAAUCAACCUAUUAAAAGAAUCAUUGGACAAAUGGGUUGAUAUUUCAUCAGAGAAUCAAGGUAUCAAAGUAUUACUCAAAGAUCCAAUCACCCAAACAUCCAACCAAAUCAUCAAAUACCUUGAUGAAGUCAACUCUGUUCAAUAUGGAGUGUCUUCUGAUCACAUUGAAUUAUGUUAUUUGGCAAUCGGUGGUGGAGGUCAACAAGAAUACAAGAUUGAAAUAUGUUCACCAAUGUCAAUCGUUUACCUCACCAACACAUUGAAACGUAUUCAAAUGACAGCAUCAACUCUUUCAAAGAACUUUUGUGACUUGACAUUGUACCAUUUGCCAUUAUCAUCAGAAUAUGAUGGAUAUGUUUCUGAUGGAGUAGAUGGUUUAAUGAUUGCAACACUCAACUCCAAGUUGUGUGAUGCUCAAAUGACUACUCUUUCAUCGUUCCAAUCGAAUUCAUUCUCGACUCUUUGUACUCAAUCAGGACCGAUUAUUACAAGUCUAUCAACAAACAAUGGUGCGUCAAUUGGAGGGUACCAACUAUUGGUCAAUGGAUAUAGAUUCCAAUCAAAUUUGAAUAUUACCAUUGGUGGUGUUAGAUGUUCUCAAACAAUAUUCCAGACAUCACAACUUGUACAAUGUGUAGUUCCACCAAACACAGGUAUCAACCACCUCGUAUCAUUCACAUCGAAUCAUAUUCAAUCAACUCUAUUUUAUUUCUCUUACAAUCAACCAAUAAUCAACAAUGUAUUAGUAUCAGAUAUAACAAGAUCAGUAUCAGAGAUAACAAUCAAAGGUGCAAACUUUGGUAAUAGUGGAGGCAACGACAACUCACUUUAUAUCUCUAUUGAUCAAUACCAAUGCUUUAAUAUUAUUCAACAUGUUGACUCCACCAUCAGAUGUAGAAUUAAAAGUAGAGUUGCUGCCAACAACUUUGUCAAUGUUUCAAUAUCCAACGACAAUAGCAACGGUAUUAGACAGACAUCAGUAUUCCAUUUGAAUCAAAUCACAAAUACUCAAUUCAAUUAUUCCUAUGUUCCAAAUAUCGUUGCAGUAUUACCAAGUCAUGGAUUUGCUCGUGAUUUGGUGACAGUGGUUGGUGAUUCAUUUGCCAAUGGAGAUGCAUUACCAUUGUCAUACUUUAAGGAUACAAGAUCAACAGUCCUGCCACCAGGUGAUAUGGGUGAUGAUAUCUUGACCGUUCGAGUACCACAAAUAACUCGAGACUCUCAACUCUUGGUGUCAGUCGAUAAUAUUGGUAGUAAUCUCAAGUCAUUCACUUUGGAUCAACCUUUUAUUGAAUCAAUCUCACCAAGUCGUGUUAGUUCAUCAGGUGGUGUCAUCAUCAUUAAAGGAGGUGGAUGGGGUAUGUCUCGUCAAGCUAUCGACUAUGUCAAACUUGGUUCUACACCAAUCAGCUGUACUCCAUUCAACAAAUUCCUCGAAUGUAUUGUUCCACCAAGCACUGGUGAAGUUAAUACUCUCACUGUCUCUUUUAGUGGUAGAGUCACGACAUCAUACCUCUCAGACUAUGGUAUGUCAUAUUCAACACCUCGAAUCACAUCGUACACUGAAUCAUCAGGAGUACUCACAAUCAGAGGUGUCGACUUUGUCAACAUUGGCACCCAAACAUCACCUCAAAACAGUUAUUUGAAUGUUGUAUCGAAUAUGAAUCGACCAUUGUCAUAUCAACAGCUCACAUUUGUCAACAAGACAACCAUCACAGCCACUCUCACAUCUCUCUUGUCAGGAGAAUCAGUAGAAUCAGUUCAAGUAUUAAUAUUUGGCAUGGAAUCUAAUACUUACUACCAUGCACGAUAUGGAUGUGAUGGAUGGGUUAGAAACGGUGACUACAAUUAUAUUCCAUUACAUUAUGGAGUUUAUCCAUUAAAAGAUUAUGGAUUCUGUACCACACCUUCAUGUAUUGCAUCUUAUCAAAAAUCAUCUGGUGAAGCUGGUUGUAUCAUUGUAGUUGAUAGUAAUACUGGUGUUCUUACACUAUCUUAUGAAUACACAAUUAAUCUAAAUACCUAUGUAGAUGCUCAUAUUGAUGGUGUAUUUGAUAGUGCUUACGAUAAUAGAAACUCUGAAUUAGCCAAUUCAAUGAUCAUUCUUGUGGCGUACCCAACCGCCGGCUCUGUUUAUGUCAGUAGACUAUUUUAUCCAUCAAUGUCAAGACUUGAUUGUCCAUCUAUAUGUCUCAUCAAUGUAUCUUCGACUAAUGCAAGUUAUAUACCUAUUAUAAAUAAUUGGAGAGCAGACUUUACAGUCAACAAACAACCUCGAUCGUUUGACAUUGGUUUCUACGACAAGAGAAUAUUUGGAGAACCAAGAGUAGCAUUCUUUUCAAGUGGAUUCGGUAGUGGACUUCGUCUAUCACUUCCAUAUGGUCGUUUCCGUAUCUCAUUUGAAUGUCAAUCGUACACUAUCCCCACCAAUAUCAAUGUUGCUGUAUAUUUACCUGGUGUUGUAGAUCCUAUUAUAUACGUACCACCAGGAGGAAACACUCUCAAACAAGCAACAACAUUUGAUGUCUAUCGAAAUGAUAUAUUGAAUGCUUAUAGUGGAGGACUUAAUCCAUUGGGUCAAAACAUUAGUUUUGAAAAUAUCUAUCAUCCAAGAGUGCCAUCUUAUUAUAUUGGAACUUCUUUAUUAGUUUGUUCAAGCAUACCACCAAGUAACAUUUGGACCUGUAUAGUACCACCUAAAACAGGUUCUGCACCUUUAACUUUUUCAACCUAUUCGAUGGUCGGCACAACUUUGACCAAGUUUUACAAAGAGUUCCCAAUCACCUACACUAGUGUUGUAGUUGCCUCUGGCUCUGUCUUUAUGGACUAUGACAGAGACAAUACAUUCAAUAAUAUAGAUGAGAAAAUGGCAGGACACACAGUUCAAAUCAAAUCAGGUAGUACUGUAUUGGCAUCACAAAAUACAGUGGCCGGUGCUAUUGGUUUCUCAUUUAGUAUGAGUUACAUCCCAACCAAUGCUCGUAUAUACAUUUAUCCAUCGCCUGGAUGUAUUUCAUACUUCUCAUCGUUCCCAUUCUCGUCUCCCAUUGUCAAAGAUUUCCCCCUUUAUCAAUUAGAUAUGUUUGGUAUCGAAUUGAGCAAACAAUGUCAAGGAUAUUUAACAGCUGGAACCGAGCAAUUGAAUUUACAAAGUGGUACAUACGAUCUAUCAAAAUUUGGAUGGUGUAAAUCACCCUCUGUAUGCGCCAACGUCAUCACUUCUGAAACCUUCCCAGACUAUUGCACACCUGUUUACAGUGGAACCAUGGUGACCAUUGAUUACAAUGCACAGGUUACACUCACCUUUUGGCUUAGUAACUCACCAGGUUUACCAUACAGUUCAAACAAAUUGCCCCCUUCAUCAAUGUUCCAAUACGGUGUUGCAGCUAGAUCCAUUAUAAAUGCAUCAUAUUACACAUUCUACUUUACUGUUCCAGCCAAUGGAAUUCUCAAGUUUAAUGUACCCUUUGGCACAACAAACCUAAUCAUCACUCCACCCAGUAUCUUUGAUCAUAUAGUUGAUGGAACCACCAUUGACUUUACAACCAGUGAGAGUGUACCAUCAUUCGCCAAGACACUAGCAGUCUUUUCUCCAGCCACCCACUUUUACAACAGUGCAUCAGUCAACAUUCUCAGUCUCCCAUUAGGUUUCUACAACUUUACAUGGUACUCUAAACAAGGUCAAAUCAAAUCAUUCAGUGCACAUCCAUCAAUGAGUAUUUAUGUUUGGAAUAAUGCAGGUACUCUUUAUAAUGUUGCUAGAAAUGGAAAUAAUAUUCAACUUCCAGAUACACUUGCAUUGACUGUUGAAAAUACUCCAACUAAUUUAUAUAGUUUCGCAGUCCCACCAGAUGGAUUACAAUUCACAAUGCCAACUCCUUAUUCUUAUGUCCCAUUCCUUUUUAUUGAAGGAUUAGAGAUUGAAUGUGAAAAUAACUAUAUUAAUUGUAAAAUUCCAUCACACAUUGGAGGUACAACUUCAAAAGCAAAAUUGAAGCAUGCUGGAACGUUCUUUUAUCACACUUGGACUAUUACCUAUCAAAAGAGAUUCGAAAUUCCAUCUGCUGGAUCAAGUUAUUUGGCAGCAGGACAAUCGUUGACACUGGGAGUAAACGAUAUUGGAGUAAUGAUCAAGUACCCUCUCAACCCAGGAGUUGGACAACCAUACACCUACUUUUCUCUCUCCCCUACAGGCAUCAAGAUUGGUUUCCAAGCAGGCCCAACCAAUAGUCACAUCUACCAGGUACUUUCUUCUCAGUAUGACCAAUCAUUUACUGCACCUUUCUCAUUCAAGGUAGAAUCUGACUAUAACAUUGGAUUGUGGGGUACCAAAUCAGGAGCAUUAUCCCGUGGUGCUUGGUAUCUUGACAAAUCUCCUCUUCCUCUCCAAUCAUCAUACUUGCAAGUUGUUCGUGAUGGAGUCAUUGUUCAAAACAGCGCUGGAAACGUACAAUGGUCCAGAUUAAAACCACUCAAUUAUUCUGGACUUGCACGUCCACUUGGUGCUCAAAUAGACUAUCUUGACGCACUUGACACCAACAAGAAUUUCUUGACAAUGGGAAGAUUCCUAACCAAUGGUGAAAGCUAUCUUAGAUUUGAUAAUGAUGGAAGUCUUCGUCUAUACAAUGACAACUCCUUCACAGCCUAUUCAUGGCAAGUCUUUUUUAGUGGUGGCAUUAUGAAUCUCCUUCCACCAAUCAAAUGGGUUUUCACAGCCAAUAGUCUCUGCGCUCACGGUCAGUCAAUACUCACCCCAAUUGUGGGGUGCAUCCAAUUCAAUGCUCCAGCUCGUUACCUAUUUGUUGCCCCACCAACAUACGGAUCGUCACAAUUUUCAAUGACAGUGACCAAUUAUUUUGGAGCACUUGUUUACUCUCAAGGAUCUGCUCCAACCUCGCCAUACAAGAUGAUCCCAGGUACCUUUAUGGAGUUUGGUGAUGCACUGAUUCAUGGACAAUUCCUCACCAAUGGAGUUGAGAAACUCUUUGUCAAACCAAAUGGAGUGUUUAGAAGAGAAGCAUCUGGAAGUGAAACAACCCUUGCAUCUGGAGUCGUCAACGCCAUUAUCGCUUCUAGUACACUUCAAUUUGGUGGCCUCAUGACAGUAACUCCACCAGGUACUUACAAAUACGUAUUCUAUCCACCACCUGGUCACAAUCUUCCCAAUGUCGACCCAGUCACAAAACUUGUCUUUGUAACAGCUGCUGGAAGAGGUGCUGGAACCUCCAACCCUGCUGCUCAAUUUGUUAUCUAUGAUCAAAAAUAUUGGGCAAAUAUUUAA